AUGAAAUGGGAAGAAGGUGCAAAACAAGGCAUUGUCGUAGCUGAUGGCCAAGGAGCAGGAAAUAGUCUUCUACAAUUGGAUCGUCCUAAUGGAGUCGUUGUCGAUCAAUUGGGCACUGUCUAUGUGGCUGAUUUUGGAAAUCAUCGGAUCAUGCGUUGGCCAAAAGGAGCCACCCAAGGAAGUAUCAUUAUUGGUGGAAAUGGUGAAGGAGCACAGUCCAAUCAAUUCAAUGGUUCCAUAAGUUUAUCAUUCGAUGGACAUGGCAAUCUCUAUGUCGUCGAUUACUACAAUAAUCGAGUACAAAAAUUUAAUAUCAAAUGA